AUGGAGGCUGCUUCUGCGCCCCUGGAAGAGGAGUUUCAGCUCAGGCAACCCCCGAAGCUCGAAUCCUCUGGAUUCGGUGAAGGGGCUGCAGGGGUCCAUGGGGGACCCCGCAGGACUCAGAAACCAGCAGCGCCCAGGGAAAGCGGGUGCGCCCCGCGGGGCCCACUGGCUCCCGGGGAGACCCCUUCAAGUGGGAGCUGGAGCGCGGGGAGACCCCGCGCGGUGGGGGCCGGGCUUUGGAACCUGGGCAACACCUGCUAUGCCAAUGCGGCCCUGCAGUGCCUCAGCUACACCCCGCCGCUGGCCCGUUACCUGCUGUCAGGGCUGCACUCCAGGGCCUGCGGGCGGCGGGGGGCGUCCUGCACCCUGUGCGCCCUGCAGACUCACGUGACCCGGGCCCUCCUGCGGCCCGGGCACAUCAUCGUACCCGAGGGGGCACUGCUGGCGGGCUUCCGCGCGUACCAGCAGGAGGACGCCCACGAGUUCCUCCUGUUCACACUGGAAGCCCUACAGCGGGCUUCCCAGGAGGAUGCCACCCUGAUCCGCGGGAUCUUUGGAGGCCACUGGAGAUCUCGGGUCCAGUGUCUCCGCUGCCAGGGCGUGUCCGACACCCUGGACCCUUACCUGGACGUUGGCCUAGACAUCCAGACGGCUCGGAGCGUGACUCAGGCCCUGGACCUGCUAGUGAGGCCUGAGCUGCUGGACGGCUACCAGUGCGGCCAGUGCCUGCGGAAGGUGCCGGCCAAGAAGACAUUGCGCCUGGAUGCGGCAUCCAGGGUGCUCACGCUGGUGCUGAAGCGGUUCUCGGCUCUGGCAGAUGGCAAGUUGGAGCGGGAUGUGCACUACCCGGAGCAGCUGGACCUGCGGCACUACCUAUCUCGGGGACGCCGCGCGCACCCGCUGCUAUACAGGCUGUACGCAGUGCUGGUCCACUCAGGCCGCACCUGCCACGGCGGCCACUACUUCUGCUAUGUCCAAACCGCGGGUGGGGGGUGGUUCAAGAUGGACGACGACCAGGUGACCGCCUGCGACGCCUCUAUAGCCCUGAGCCAAUGCGCAUACGUGCUCUUUUACGUGCAAACCAGUGAACUGGAAGGAGAAGGGGAAAACCCAGAUGCCCCGCGACUGAGCACAAGCACUGGGAGGCGUCCACCCAACGGGACCCCCCAAAAUGCCCCCGACUUCACAGGUCCUGGGUCCGAGAAGCCCGUCAAGCACAACGACUCAGAGCAGCGGCCUCGGCUCCAGGAGCCGUCCCGGCCCAAGCCACAGUUCAAUCUCAGCGAGCUCCAGUGUGCCCUGCCCACCGAAGCCGUUGUCCUUCACCAGUCCCGGGGCAGAGGGGGCAGGACCGAACGCCUGCUCAACGGUCCAGCUGGGGAGGACCUCCCCGGGGAGGCCAAGGGCACUGACCAAGGCCCUGGUCCCAGAGGGGGAGCCAAGGCGAACAGGAAGAAGAAGAAGAGGAAGAAGGGGCACAGGUUUGUGCCCGUGUGCCAGUGA